UUUUAUGAAAAUAAUAUGUCUGACUUAGUUUUAAUCUGCAAAUAAAAAUGUCUAAUUUCGGUGUCGGGGUAUAUUUUCUAACUGUCUUGUGGAUAAUCACUUUGUUUCUGUGCUGGGUCUCUGUACGGACAGGUCAUUACAUUGGGAAGAUAUCAGUAGGAAUAUCGUUUUUACUAACAAUCAUUUUGGUUUCAUUGCCAAAAGGGGACGCGCAGAACAUUCAUGGUGCCAAUUUUUACGAUCACUUGUUCGUGACUCGAUACGCAAUUCUUUCGUUUAUGCUUGUCAGUGUUGUAGCUGGUACUGCCUAUAGUUUUAUUUAUGUUUGUCUUGCUCCUGUUGAGACUCAAAAAGUUAAGACAUUUGGCUUGUUGAACUAAGUUACUCAUAAGUUGCUUUGAAAAUGUCUAACACAAUUUGCCAAGGGUUGAGGUCCCCGAUCAGGAGCCUAGCGAAACUGAGACAAGCAAAAGCAAUCUCCACGUCAAUAGUCCACAAUGAGACUAUUUUAGUGAAAAAUAAUGAAGAAUUCAUCAAUAAGGUGAUGAACAACAACAAGCCAGUCAUAGUGAAUUUCCACGCGGAGUGGUGUGAGCCAUGCAAGAUACUCACUCCGAAGCUGAAGGAACUGAUCGAGCCACUUAAUAACCUUGAUUUAGCUGUAGUCGAUGUAGAGGACAAUGCUGACUUGGUGCAUACCUUUGAGGUAAAAGCAGUUCCAGCAGUCAUAGCCAUAAACAAUGGUUUGAUAGUUGACAAAUUCAUCGGCCUGGUCGACGCAGACAUGAUCACCAGCCUCAUCGACAGAAUGGCCGGUAAAAAGAAGGAGGGAGCGUAAAUAGGAAACCUGCAUAUUAUAGAUGUUAUAAAUGAAUGGGAUAUUGGCUUUACACACAUCGGAUGUUGGCUUAUGAGAUUGGUGAUAAAAAUGAAGGUUUCACACUAGUUUUUAAUGUGCUUGAUACAAUUCACAACAGGACAAAAUAAUAAUAUAGAAUAUCAAUAUAUCGCAAAUAGUGAAGGGAGUGUGUUAUUUGUGAGUUAAAAUCCAAAAGUAUCUACUGUACAAUGCCCUUCACUUCUAAGCAGGUAAUUUACAUGACAAGCCAUUCAUUGUUAUCACUAAACUCAAAAAGAAAAACAGGGUUUUAGUUUCAUUAUUUAUCAUAGUAAUGUCUUUGUAACCAGUCUUACUCGUAGGCUGGGUUGCACCAUCUUACUUUGACUUUAACAAACGUCAAUAAUCUGUCAAACUUCAUACAAAAUGCACCGGUAAUUGUUAUACCUAGUUAAAUAAGAUGUAAAUAAGAUGGUGCAACCCAGCCUUAGUCUUUGUUUAGUUUAGUUUAUAAAAUAUGAUUUAGGUCAAUGUGUCAUUCUAUUAUAAUAGACAAUUCCACUACAUUUCAUUUGUUAUCUAUUAUUUUUAUGUGCCAAUAUCUCAGUCAGUUUAAGUAGAUAAAAAUCACAAUUAUUGUUGUUUAAAGUUUGAUUUUAUUUAAGUAAAUAGCACAAGCAAUAAGAUAUUGUUGGAAAAGUAUAAUUAAAAUGUCGUUAUCUAAUUAUGUGGGGUAUUUGAUGGAUCUUUAACGAUGCUAACUAAUGAUUUAAAAGGGCCUAGUCUUGGAAAGACUGUUUUUGCCUGAAUAAUUAGUUGUUUGUGUAUAAGUUGUUAUUGCCGCACUUUAGGAAAGAUGGGCGAUUGUGAAUGAGUCUAGCUAGUUAAUUAAAUGACAAUUAUAUUGCUGCUUUAAAUAUUAAGCUUAAUCGCAACAUAUCCUCGAUAAAAAUUCAACUAGAAAAGUAGCUUAGAACUUUUUUUUGUAAGUUGCCCACGUUUUAAAAACCGUAUGAGACAACAUGCUAGUUUGAAUAGCUUUUUUGUCGAUUCAAAAAUUUGCUAGUCAUGUAUUCGCUCUAAACUUCGAACUCCAGCAAUAGUUUUCAGUAAAAUUGAUAUUCACAGAUGUGAAUUUUGAUUAAAUGUAAUAAGAAUACUUACUGGUACAAUUUGGAAAGUAUUUUUACCUUAGAAAAUACAUAAUAGCAAUAAACCUACUUUAAUGGUUUAGGUACAUUAUCUUAGUCAUUAAACUAUCAUUAUGUUCUGCUGAUAGCUCUUUUGAUGAGAUGUAGUGCUAUUAAGCAUUCUACACACUUAAGUCGUCGACCGACUAACAAUUUUUUCAAGAAUGUAGUUUUUAAUGAUAUGCUAAAUCAUCGGCACGCGUCGGCGACUUGUCUAUAGAAUGUCUUAUGUUUGUUACUCUGGUUGGUUUCAAGGAUAAGUAGCGAUUGACUUUAGCUUUAACUAAUCAGAACAUAUCUCGGCUUUUUAUACUAAGCCAGCCUUAUUAAUCGUUUUGCAAAGUUAUUCAAAUCAUAAAUUCAAUAAAACUGCACUCGGCCCGUGAGGUAUGUUCUUAAUGAGAGGGAUAAAAUGAUAACUAUAUUUUUGUAAAUGCUGCAUGCCUUCGUUUAGUUACACUGGCUUUUUACAUACUUUUCAACUUUAUAGUUUUAUACUCUAUCUACUGUUUUUUAUAACACUAAUUAAAUUAGAUAAGAUAGUUAUUAUGAUAGUUGAAUUUAAGAUUUAAAUCUUAUGAAGAGUAUAUAUUUUCUCUUACAAGCGCGAAUAAAUAGAUUCUGAUACAAUUAUGAUUCUUAACUGCCAACUUACUUUUUUCCCUGAUAAUUUAUAGUGUCCACUGUCUUCUAGAAUGUAAUAGUUUCUUGAAAAUGUAAGACUAGUAUAAACUUAGAAACAAAUACAUAUUUAGACGUUAACUGAAAAAAAAAUCCAAGUAUACAAAAUAUAGAGAUUUUCUGAUAAAUACAUUCUAUAAUUGAUGUAUAGUUGCUGCACAUCGAUCACAAAUUUACUUUGUUAUCUCACUCGUGUAAUAGAUGACGCUGUGCGUUAUUACACUGCGCUAGUUUCGGUGUUACCCAAUUCUGCUAGUAGUUUUCACUUUAGACUUUCUGCAGACUAUAGAUUUUUAGUAUGAGUACAGAUAAUGUAAUACUAGUGUAUAAAGAAUCGUCUGAUACCAACGAAAUCGGUGUACAUAACAUAAUGUGCAUACUUUCUGAUAUUGACGUGGGACUUUCUGAUAUGACCUUUUUUGAGACAUGCAGAGCGACAUUGUGACGCGCUUUUAAUUUUUAUACAGUUUCGCAAUCCCAUCGACAUUACAGUGAAAAAAGUUGUGCGUUUCUCAUGCCUUUAAUUAAUUUAAAGGUGUUAUAAUACCCCAAUCAAACUAUCGGCCUACAAAAAGUAUAUAGUCUGCAGGAUUUCUUAUAAAGAUUUCCUAUCGGAUAAGGUGCUUUUGUAUUCCAUCCGUGUGUGUGUACCCCUCUAGUGAUUUAUAAUAAUCGAAUAUACUAUGUAUACGUAGUAAAUAGACGUAGGAAGGUUGAUAACAUACAAUGUAAGCCAGAUUUGUCAAUGUGUAGACAAAGUCUAUAAAAUGCAAUUGUAGUAAAUAUAUCUUUUUUAAUGUAGUGCAGUGCUUUAGCUAGGAGCUGCUUAGUAAUGAUUAUAGGAUAAUGUCACAUCUCAGUUCCUUCGACAGGCUUACAACAGCACAAAUUAAUUUAUUAGCGUAGACAAAAUAUCACACUACACAAAACGCAUUAAUAUUUUCCCACAUUUAGUAAUAAAUCCUCUCAAACAGUUUUGGGAAUUUAUCCCGUUUUUCAUGUUUCCAUUUAGUUGUAAUUUUUUGAAAUCAAUUUUACAUGCGUCUAACAAAGCAAUAAACGUCCUAAAUCCUAACGAAAAGUAUUACGAUUGUGGUGCAAUUAUUUUGUAGUUUCACGUGUUAAUACCCACACCGUUAAUUCGUAGUUUUCGAGCUUACGAUAGAAUAAUGUCCUGUGUACGACCAUAUUCGGGUCCAUUUUACCUUUUUGAUGUGAUGUGUAUUAGAUAAUGUGUUGUUGGUUUAGGGUAGAUAUUGUGUAAGUAAAUAAACCCCUGCUAACCUGCUUGAUUGUCCAGUAGCACCAUUGAUUCUUAGAUGCAACAUUAAUAUUGUUUAAAAAUCAGUAAAAAGAGACGAUAACAGAAAGGAAUUGAAUUUUAAUUUUAAAGAAAUGUAUCGAAUCCAUUUAUUAUGUCGUAAAAAUAUAUGAAAUAUUUUCUUGAA